AUGUCAGGAUCACCAGCUCAAAACGGAAUUGACUUGACUGAAUUCAAGCAGAAUAAGCGCCUUAUCGAAAGUCUUGUGGAGGAUAAACUUGCAUUGAAGCGCCAAUUACAACAAAGUGAAGUUGUUAGGGAAAGAGCUUUGCGUCUAUUGGCAAGAUAUGAACAGGUUCUACUGUCAAAUACUCCCACUGGGAGAAUGUAUCAUUUCUCAGAUGGCAUUGCCUUUAUGGAAUUUGUUGAAGGUGAUUUGAAUCAGGAUGCUCCUCUCAAUAAUACUCAACCUUUUGCUUUUUAUGGUCUACCAGCUCCACCUCAAGCUUCACCAGCUAUUGCAGGUCAAACAAUACCUCCAGUACCAGCUCCAAAUCAAUUUCCAGCAGCAGCCCCAUUUCCAGCUCCAGCUCCACCUAUUGGUGCUCCAGUUACAGCACCUGUACCAUCACCAAUGUUACCUCAAGUACAACCACCGAUUGCACCAACUGAACAGGAAUCAAGACAGAAGAAUACCUCCUCCGAUCAGUUCAAGCCUCCUCAAAACCGUCCUUCACAUGGAACAUCACUACAACCUCCAAAGAACAAUGUUCCUGUCAUGAAUUCUCCUUCUAUCAAUGCCCUCAACCAAAGAACAGAAAAAGGCCAUCACUUGCCAAACACGACACAAUUACCACCAAAUAAUACACCACCAUUGACACCACUCAACAGAACAGGUAAUUCUGCUGCUCCUAAUUCUAACAAUGGUGCUGGUAACAUCACAACCAUCUCAAAUUCACCUUUUGUUAAAAAUACACCAACAUCAAAUUUAGCUACAAAGACCACAAGUUCAGGAUCUUCAACUUCUAGUCAAAGUAAACCAAAGAGAUCAUUCUAUCUGCCAAAUGAUAACCUGCCUGUUUCAACAAAGAGAACUGAGGUCUCUGAUAAUGAAAGUGAUGAAAGUAAUUAUGCUACCCCAGAAAAAUCAAUUGGAGAUGCAAACCUAAAUAAUACAACUAAUCCAAUAAAUAAAGAGCAAGAAAUUGGAAAUCCAGCACCUCAAACCAAUGAUUCAACAUUAGCAAGACCAGCUCCAUUACAAACAACUCAAUCAAGCGGCUCUGAGAAAGAAAAUAUCCAACCACCAACUACAGAAAAUAGCAUAGCUUCUAAACAGUCAUCUAUCAACUCCUCACAGAAAAGGCCACUUGAAGAUAGUCAAGCUUCUGAACCAAAAAGACCUAGAAUUGCCGAAUCAACUGAUUCUCAACCAAAAUCUUUCCAAGAAUUUGAAACUACUUCCAAAUGUUUAUCAAUUUUACACGCUUCAGAAUAUGGUCUUUCAGUUGCCGUGAAUUUCGCACAAGGUAAAGCUUACAACAAUGUUGAGACGUUAUUGGACCAUGCUUAUUACUAUUUCUGUUUGCGCAAUAGAGUUAUCGUUGCAGCCAAAAAGACAGAUUAUUCACAUGGUGGUAUGAUUCAACAUCAUUGUCAUACUUGUGCUAAAGUUAUCUUCAAAGCUGAAGUUACCAAUACACAGGCUGCUCGUAUUCAGCUAUUGGAGAAGAAUCAUGAAUGUUCAAUUGGUGAUAUCAAGAAUCAAUUGAAGAGAUUAUGGAAAACUGAUAAAGAUGCACAAGAAAAGAUGAAAUUUUUUGAUCAUUUUUAUCAAGAGUUUGGAUUACCAAAGACUAAGAAUUUGAUUUAUCAAUAUGGGUUAAGAAAAAAAUCAUCAUGGGAAAUUACAAAUUUAACUACAACUUUCUUACAGAAAAAUGGAGCAGUUUUAGAAGAAUUAGUGGAAGCUACAAAUUAUACAACUGAUCAAUUAGUGAGACUGUUCAGUUUAUACAUUUUACGUAUAACGGAUAAAGAUGUCAAUGAUGAGAAACUAAAAGAAAUUGCAGCUUCACAAAAUCUGAAGUUUACUUACAACACUAAAUAG